AUGGCCUCCGCCGAUUCCCUGUCCAACUCUAGCUCACUCGCUGACUGGUUUGAUGGGCUGUCCCACAACAUCUUCUUCCAACCGGAUGAUGCGCUGGCUUCAAAGACAUUCGAAGAGCGUGUUGCUGACGACGCGGUUAUCAGGAUCAAUCACGACCAGCUCGGAAAAGCCAAGUAUUGGGAGAUUAUCAAAGCUGCCCGAGCCGCCAGCCACAUGGCAGCCCAGUCAAGCAAGGAGAUCCAUACUUGGAACGCUCCGGAUGGGCUGGGCGGAGGUUGCGUCGCGCAGCUUGGUUAUUUCACCACGACCAAGAAGGAGGGCGGGACUGAGGCUGUUGGAUCGUCCCUUACUCUGACCAAUGUUCAUGUGCGAGAUGGGAAGAGAGUCUUGGUGGAGCUUACAGAGGUGAUGAACGGAUGA